AUGAAUACCAACCAGGCGAGAAAGACGCCUCUCGACCUCGAAGAAAUUCUCAAGAAGAAGAAGGCUGCCGACGCCGCCGCAUCGAAGCUUCGAUUCAUACCGAAGAAGGAGAGGGAACGCCAGGCAGCAGAGAAGGCGAAGCAGGAGGAAGACGAACGCAAGCGCAAGGCCGAAGAGGACGCCAAAAAGAAGGCCGAGCUCGAGAGGAAAUGGGCCGCUGAGGCAAACGGCGCCAUCACCAACGGAACACAUACAUAUCAUGGAGCCGGCGGCAGGAUACCCACGGGCCCGAAGGCCAUGCACGCAAUUGACAACGCCCGCGGCCCCGGCGGGCGAGGACGGGAGAAGCAAGAGCAGCGGAAGGCAUCAACAAAGGAUGGCAAGGAGAAAAAGUCGGCCGAGGCCAUCGAGGCUGACCUUUUGCGCAAUCGGUACCUAGGCCCUGAGGUCAAUAAGCAAUCGAACUUCUCGGUGAAGAAGAAGCGGAAGAGAGCGACGGAAUUCAAAUUCGAGUGGGACGCCGAAGAGGACACCACGCUCGUUGACGACCCAAUUUACGAGUCCAACAGCACGACCUUGAAAUCAUACACGUUUGGCAGCUUGUCUGGCGAAUACAACGAAGAGGCCGAGGAGAUCGCUCGGCGACGGGCACGGAUGAUCGAAGAAAGGGAUCGCGAGUUUGGCAAGAAGCGGGCAAAGGAGUUUAUGGAAGACUUCUACAGAGCACGGGAGAAGGCGAAAGAGCGCGCAGAUCGGUCGGGCCUUGGCAAGCACUGGACGAAGAAAGCCCUCUCAGAGAUGCGAGAACGCGACUGGAGAAUCUUCAAGGAAGACUUCGGCAUCGCCACCAAGGGUGGCCAAAUCCCCAACCCGAUGCGCAGCUGGGAAGAGUCCGGCUUACCGCGGCAGCUGUUGAACAUCGUGGACAGGGUUGGCUACAAGGACCCUUCGCCUAUUCAAAGAGCAGCUAUCCCAAUUGCGAUGCAGGCCAGGGAUCUGAUCGGUGUGGCCGUCACAGGUUCCGGUAAAACGGCAGCCUUCCUGCUGCCGCUGCUGACCUACAUCCAAGACCUGCCACCCCUGACGGAGAUCAACAAGAACGACGGAGCGUACGCGCUCAUCUUGGCGCCUACGCGUGAACUUGUCCAGCAAAUCGAGUCGGAAGCACACAAGUUCGCCGACCCACUGGGCUUCAACGUGGUCAGCAUCGUAGGCGGCCACUCGAUGGAGGAGCAGGUGCAAGCGUUAUCCCAUGGUGCCGAGAUCAUCGUCGCAACUCCAGGCCGUCUGGUGGACUGCAUUGAGAGGCGCCUCCUCGUCUUGUCGCAAUGCUGCUACGUUAUCAUGGAUGAAGCCGACCGAAUGAUCGACCUGGGUUUCGAGGAAUCCGUUAACAAGAUCUUGGACGCCCUGCCUGUGUCGAACGAGAAACCAGACACAGACGAUGCGGAAAACGCGCAGAUGAUGCAGAAAUACCUUGGCGCCAGAGACAGGUACAGGCAGACGAUGAUGUAUACGGCGACGAUGCCGCCGACCGUCGAGAAGAUUGCCAGAAAGUACUUACGGCGUCCAGCCAUCGUCACGAUCGGCAACGCUGGCGAGGCGGUCGAAACGGUCGAGCAGAGGGUCGAGUUCGUUUCGGGAGAGGACAAGAAGAAGAAGCGCCUGCAGGAGAUCCUUGGCGCGGGUGACUUCGCCCCACCCAUCAUUGUAUUCGUCAACAUCAAGCGCAAUUGCGAUGCCGUCGCGCGCGACGUGCAAAGGAUGGGUUAUUCGGCGGUCACACUCCACGGCAGCAAGACGCAGGAGCAGAGAGAGGCGGCGUUGGCAUCGGUGCGCAACGGGCAGACGCAAGUGCUCGUGGCGACGGACCUGGCAGGAAGAGGUAUCGACGUGCCGGACGUCAGUCUCGUCAUCAACUUCAAUAUGGCGACCAACAUCGAGAGCUACACGCAUCGCAUCGGUCGUACGGGUCGUGCGGGCAAGAGCGGUGUCGCCAUCACGUUUCUGGAACAGAGCGACUCGGACCUGUUCUACGACCUCAAACAGAUGCUCUCCAAGAGUUCAAUUUCUCGGGUGCCCGAGGAGCUGCGGCGGCACGAGGCCGCGCAGCAGAAGCCGCAGCGAGGAGGCGGCGGCGGUGGAGGGCACAACAAGAGGACAGGGGGCGCAGAGGAGUCAUCAGGCAAGGGGGGUCAGUGGGGCGCCUAA